GCUCCGCCUCUUCCUGCGGUCGCUGCGCAGUGGCAGCCAUGGCGCCUCGCGGGGGAGGCGCUCUCCUCGUGCUGCUCCUCGUCCUGCCGCCGGCGAGUGCGGGGCUGAGCGGCUACUUCGGCACCAAGUCCCGCUACGAGGAGGUGAACCCGUACCUGGUGCGCGACCCGCUGUCGCUGGGUCCCGAGGCGGGCAGGUUGCUGCCCGCCUCCUGCGCCCCGCUGCAGCUCCGCGCCGUGCUCCGGCACGGCACCCGCUACCCCACGGCCGGGCAGGUCCGCCGGCUGGGCGAGCUGCACGCCCGGCUGCUCCGCCGGCCCGCGGGGACCGUCGCCUGCCCCACCGCCGCCGCCCUGGCCGCCUGGCCCAUGUGGUACGAGGAGAGCCUGGACGGGCGGCUGGCGCCGCAGGGCCGGCGCGACAUGGAGCAGCUGGCCCGGCGCAUGGCCGCCCGCUUCCCCGCGCUCUUCGCCGCCCGCCGCCGCCUGGCGCUGGCCAGCAGCUCCAAGCACCGCUGUCUGCAGAGCGCGGCCGCCUUCCGCCGUGGGCUCGGGCCCACCCUCGACUUCGGCGGCGACGAGGUGGAGGUUGAAGUGAACGACUCUCUGAUGCGGUUCUUUGAUCACUGCGCCAAGUUUGUGGCCCUGGUGGAGGAGAAUGACGCGGCCAUGUGCCAGGUGAACGCCUUCAAAGAGGGGCCCGAGAUGAAGAAAGUCCUGGAGAAGGUCGCCAGUGCCUUGUGUUUGCCGGUGGAGGAGCUAAAUGCAGAUCUUGUUCAAGUGGCUUUUCUCACCUGCUCAUACGAGCUGGCUAUAAAAAAUGUGACCUCCCCAUGGUGUUCACUCUUCAGUGAAGAAGAUGCCAAGGUGCUGGAAUACCUGAAUGACCUGAAGCAAUACUGGAAGAGAGGAUAUGGCUAUGACAUCAACAGUCGCUCCAGCUGCAUUUUAUUCCAAGAUAUCUUCCAGCAUUUGGACAAAGCAGUGGAAGAGAGCAAAAGCUCCAAACCCAUUUCUUCGCCUUUGAUUGUCCAAGUUGGGCACGCAGAGACCCUCCAGCCCCUGCUUGCCCUGAUGGGUUACUUCAAAGAUGAUGAGCCUCUCCUGGCCAACAACUACGCCUGGCACACGCAGCGGAAAUUCCGCAGCGGCCGCAUUGUGCCUUACGCAGCCAACCUGGUGUUCGUGCUCUACCACUGCGACCACGUGAACGCCUCCCAGGAGGAGUACCAGGUGCAGCUGCUGCUCAAUGAGAAACUGCUGUCCUUCCAUCACUCCAACGAGACCAUUUCCACCUACGCGGACCUCAAGGACUACUACAAGGACAUCCUGGAAAACUGCCACUUCAAAGAGGAGUGCGAAUUGCCCAAAGUCAACAUCACUGCCGUGGAUGAGCUGUGAGGGAGUGAACAGAGUGGGCCUUCUUCAUGUUGGUCUGGGUUCAGUUCCACAGGCGUUGGGAACAAGCACUUUGGAUGAUUUGCUGCUGCUGUGUAGACUUUCUAACCUUGCAAAUUUGGGAGGCUGUCUCAGCUCAGUGCACAGGUUCUCUGUUGCAUAAGCAGAGCUGCAAAAACAACUUCUGUCACAGGGAAGUUGUAACAAAUGCGUGAUGCAAGACACAAGUACCUGUGGGUUUAUAUGUACUAAUAAGCUGAUUUCAUUGGCCAGUGCUGUUAUGAAUGGGCCAUAGAUGGAUUUAAGACCUGGGGCAGCUUCUAUUUUAUUGGAUCUGAAGGUGGUUGGAUUGAUUCAGUACUGCUUUGUGCUGCCUGUGUUUCUAGCUGCUGUUUUCCUGUGCCACGCAUGAAAUACUUCAAACCUUUUUUUGAUCCUUUUCCCAAGCUUCUAGAAGGGAGAGGGUACAUAGCUCUUCUCUACAGCUGCACAACUUCUGCCUGGACAGCACCAUUUCUAUUCUGGACAUUUUAAAGCAGGAGGAGUUCCUGCAUGCAUCACCUGCUUGAAAAGGGGCAAGGAAUUAAAAGUCUUACAGUCAUCAUCAACCCAUCCUGCAUAGCAUGUUAGUCUCCAGGGUAAGUACAUUAUCUUUCAAAAGAAGUAGGAGAAAAAGAGAAAAUAGUGAGGGUAUGGAAAGUCACCACUCUUCUUUAAGGUGCUUUGGGACAUGCAGCAGUUGUUCUCUAAGUGCUCUGGGGUGUCCUUUCACUAACACCAUCCAUUUCUGGUGUUAUUUGGGCCGGGGCAUUCAGGUUAGUCUGUGCCAUGGCUCUGACAGUUUUCCUACCAGCUCUGGCUGGAAAGCACCUCUGAUGUCUCCAGCCUCCUGCUUGCAAUGGAAUUGUUGCUGACUCUAAAUCCAGGUUUUUGAACUGUAUAAAGAUUGGGCUGAGACUUGACUUUUGCUAACUUUAAGGUACCAAACAAGCUGCUCCUUAUGUAGGCCUUACACAUUUGAUGUGCCACCUUGCUUUUGAAAUGCAGCUGGUUUUAAAGAGGUGAAUGGCAUAGAAGGGCUGGUGAUCUUUUAAAGCAACUGCACUUUAAGUAGGUUCCCUUAUGCCUGAAAGCUGCAAAGUAUUUUAGAGCUCUGCAGUGUGACAGGAAAAGGAAAACUGCAGAUAACUGACAAGAAAUGUCUGAAUUAAGUGAGAUUAAAAAUUCCUUCAUCACCUGCAAGGGAAUGGCUGUUUGACCAAGUUGCCCCAAAGCAGAUUAGGGUAUGGAUUUAUGGUGCUGGUAGCUCUUGAAGUGUGCACUCUCACCCUCUAAUGAGUGUUCAGAGCUCACCCUGUAAAGUGGGGUCAAAUUUGCUGUGUUUUCUGGGCGGGAGGGGGAGGGUUGGAAUAAAUGAUUACCACAGCAUAGCCCGCAGCAGUUGAGGGUAUAAAUGUCUAUAGUGCACCUGGUAAGUCCUUUUUGUAGGCUCACCCCCAGAAAUAGGAACUUCGCUGCUACAAAAACAGGAGAAAGCAAGCCAAACUCCAAGUUGAGGAGUUACACUUAGUGUAUGAUUUUUUUAAAAAGAAUUUUUCUGGGGACUCAGCCUUUUGUCACUUCUUUCUUCUUAAUAUGCCUUGUAUAAAAGCACUUCAGGUUUACAUACCUGUAAGUUAAGGAGCAACUGAUCACCUGCUUUUUGCUGUUGUUCUCUGAGUUAAGGGAAUUCCCUACCUGUGGUUGUGGGGCCGUGUUUCAUUAGUGCACUCCUUGCUGCAGGGACCAAGAGAUCACUGAAGAUACCGACUCAAAUAUUUCCGCACUUGCCUGUGUUAAAGCUGCAGCUCUUUCUGAAGCUGGGGAAAUGGUUAGGGAGGAGUUCAGUGCUGCAACGACCAGAGGAAUAUAGGUCAGGAUAAUUGUCAGCCCCUGCAUAUGACUACUGCUCAAUCACCUUUACAUGUCUCCUUUUUCACAUGAUCCUACCUUCAGACUAAGUCAACUGAUGGUGAUGAUUGUGACAGAUCCCAGUUAGGAACUUUAUUGCAACAUUUGAGUCAGGCUACAGAGAAAUGAGCCUUUGUUCAAAGGCAGUCAAGUUUGAAAAUAGCAGAUACAAGAGUGAGAAAAUCCACCUUUGAACAAAUAUUUUUUUCUGUGAGUCAGUAAUGAUUCAUGAGAAAGGAUGAAAGCCUGACUAUGGGAGAUGAAUGGAGGAUUCUGUUGUCAGUUCAGCAAGACUGAUUUUAAGACAUCGUAUUUGUUAAAAGAUACAUCGUUCUUCCUUAUGGAGGGACGAAUACAUUGCACUUGACUGCUUUUUUGAUUGUGUGCCAGAUGAGGUGCAGGAACCAAAAAAUUCCUUGUAUUGUGGAGUACCCUUUGUUUGUGUAUUAGCAGGUUGAUUGUAUGUUUAAAUUCUGUGGGGGAUUCCUCAGAGCCUGUUCCCUCAUACCCCCAGUGUAACAGAUCUCUCUUCAGUGGCUGUCAGCAAUUAACUGGAAAGGAAAAUGUGCUGUUGGGGCUCUGAUCUGUGUUUAGAGGAUGCUCUGACUCACUCCUUUGGCAGAGUUAGAGGCUCAGUGUGGAAACUGCACCAUUGUAGCGCUACAGAAGUGUUGGGACGUGUAGGUACUCCAGGCACUUACUCUGGUUCUGAGCACUGGGGAGGUGACUUCACUUUUAUCCUUUUAUCUAAUAAACAUAGACAUUUGUUUAGAUACUUAAAAAAAGGAACCUAAAAUGGAUCAAAAAACUUCUCCAAAGUUGGGCACUAGCUCAGUAUGCAGUGUUUGAUCUGGCUGCCACAUUCCCACAUCCUGCAAAAGUCCUGCAAGACAAAUAAUACUUUCUCCUCCUUCCUGUGGCUCUGGAGGCCUCAUUUCAGCCGUCUGUCAAGGACUCUCUUUGCAACCUUUCUGAAACUGGAAGCUUUCACUGAUGGAAAAUACCAACAGUGCUCUCAGAUGCUGGCCUUCAAUACCUGUGAAGUACAUUUUAAUUUGUUAAAUGGUUAAUCUUUCUGGCAAGUGAAUUUUUUCUGUCUAGUAAGAGCUGCUGCUGUUCUGGUUAGUGUGGAGCUGUCAAAUGCAGACUUGUAAUGAUCCUGAUACUAACUGGAUGAAUUUGGAGAACUUGUGGAUUUUUAGUGCUGUGAAAUAAAACUGCGCACUUUGUUCAUCUCUGUUUUCUGAGCAGCAAUAAGGACGUGGUCUUUGGUAUCAUGGUUGUGUUUUGCUUCAAAAUACACUUGGGAGGUUGCUGUUA